AUGAACCGCUUUCUCCUGACCGACUCCAAUAGCGCCGUUCAAGCUUCGCAUCCUCUCGACGACUCGCCCGUCAUGACCAAACAUACCCCCGAGUCCCUCCGCAACCGCGUCUCCUCGCUCUCCCUCCGCCUCCAGGCCAUGGAGGCUGCUGAAGCCAUGUCGCGCUCUCAGUCUCCCGCGCCCCCCUCCUCCAUGUCCGCCUCCACUACGUUGCCCUCCUCCGCCCGCAGCGCCGCCCCGGCCUCGAAGCCCUUCCUCCUCGCCGACAUGGACGGUCGCCCGCCCGCCGAGAACCCCGUCUGCGAGGCCUGCUGGAACUCCCUCCGCUAUAGCGAAGUCAGGCAGACCACCCGCGCCGCCCACCCCUCCGCCUGCCGUCUCUGCGCCGUCGCCGCCGGCAAGCCCGAGGCCUACACCAAGCCCUUUGUCGACUUCCUCGCCGAGAACCCCACAAUCUUCCACACCGUCGACCACUUCAAGGACAAGCUCGCCGCCGCCGGUUUCACCGAGCUUCCCUCCCGCGACAGCUGGGCCGACAAGCUCAAGCCCGGCGGCAAGUACUGGACCACCCGCAACGGCUCCGCCCUCAUCGCCUUCACCGUCGGCAAGGCCUACAAGCCCGGCAACGGCGUCGCAAUGAUCGCCGGCCACAUCGAUGCCCUUACCGCCAGGCUCAAGCCCGUCAGCUCCAAGCCCACCCGCGCCGGCUACCUCCAGCUCGGCGUCGCCCCCUACGCCGGCGCCCUCAACCAGACCUGGUGGGACCGCGACCUGGCCAUCGGCGGCCGCGUCGUCGUCCGUGACGAGUCCUCCAACAAGACCACCACCCGCCUCGUCCGCCUCGACUGGCCCAUCGCCCGCAUUCCCACCCUCGCCCCUCACUUUGGCGUCGGCAUGAUGGGUCAGAACAACCCCGAGACCCAAGCCGUGCCCAUCAUUGGCCUUGACUCCCCGUCCGACGAUUCUUCCGCCGCCGCCGCCCCCGUCGAACCCCUCGGCCCCAAGGGCGCCUUCGUCAACUCCCAGCCCCCGAAGCUCGUCAAGCUCAUCUCCAGCCAGCUCGGCCUCUCCUCCCCGACCCAGAUCAUCAACUGGGAGCUCGAGCUCUACGACUCCCAGCCCGCCCAGACCGGCGGCCUCGACCGCGAGUUCAUCUUCGGCGGCCGCAUCGACGACAAGCUCUGCUCCUGGGCCGCCCUCACCGCCCUCCUGGCCGCCGAGUCCGACCCCGACGACGGCGUCAUCAAGCUCGUCGCCCUCUUCGACGACGAGGAGAUUGGCUCCCUCCUCCGCCAGGGCGCCCGCGGCAACUUCCUCCCCCUCACCAUCGAGCGCGCCGUCGAGUCCCUCAGCGGCGCCGCUGGCAUCGCCUUCGGCACCGACGUCCUCUGCCGUACCUUCGCCGCCUCCUUCCUCCUCUCGGCCGACGUCACCCACGCCGGCAACCCCAACUUCCUCGGCUACUACCUCGACGAGCACGUGCCGCGCCUCAACGUCGGCGUCACCAUCUGCGGCGACAGCAACGGCCACAUGACGACCGACGCCGUCUCCACCGCCAUCCUCCAGCGCGUCGGCGAGCUCAGCGGCGCCCCGACCCAGACCUUCCAGAUCCGCAACGACACCCGCAGCGGCGGCACCGUCGGCCCCAUGCUCAGCGCCGCCAUGGGCGUGCGCGCCGCCGACGCCGGCCUGCCCCAGCUGAGCAUGCACUCCAUCCGCGCCACCACCGGCGCCCUCGACCCCGGCCUGGGCGUCAAGUUCUUCAAGGGCUUCCUGGACCACUGGGAGAAGGUCGACGCUGAGUGGCACUAG